ACAUUUCAAUUUCCCCCUCACCCCUACGGUGUCACCUGGUUCAUUCCCUCCCACCACAGCAACCGCUUCAACGUAACCGUGGCACAUUCACAAUCACACUCUCUCUCUACGAAAUCAAUGGCUUCAACAACGCACAAUAAAUAACUGUUCUCAUUUCAUUCAUUUCUUCACAAAUGCACUUUCCAAUGGAUUUCGCAAAACACAUUACUACUAAACCCCCCAUUCUCUUCACACGCCUCCUAACCUGGAUCACCUCAACCCUCCCCCGCUACCGUCACAUUCCACCACCACAACCACCACCACCGCCGCCACAACCUCCUUCUCCUCCACCAACCACCCUCCCUUCAAUCCUCGCACACAAAGUUCUAGAUUCUUCCAAAUGCAAAACCCUAAUACCUAACCUAACCCCACACGAAUUCGAACACUCAUUCUUCACUCAUCACACCACCGUUAACCUCAAAACCACACUCGAUUUCUUCAGUUUCGCUUCAAAGAAUUUCAAAUUCCGUUUCACCGUUCGUUCUUAUUGCAUCUUAAUUCGUUUGCUUCUAGCUUCGAAUCAUAUACCGCGUGCUAAGUUUACGUUGAAACGGUUAAUAGAAGGUAAUGCUAAUACGCCUUUGAAGAAAACCGACGCUAGGUUAAGCGAAAUUGCUUCGGCAUUUUUGGAAUUGGGUGAGCGAAGUCAUGGUGAAUUGGAUUUGUUGAUUUAUAUUUUGUGUUCACAGUUUCAGCAUUUAGGGUUUCAUUGGGCUUUUGAUACUUUCAUGUUGUUUACUAGUAAGGGUGUUUUUCCUUCGUUGAAAAGUUGUAAUUUUUUGAUGAGUUCGUUGGUGAAGAGUAAUGAGCUUCAUAAGAGUUUUAGGGUUUUUGACGCGAUGUGCCGCGGUGGUGUUUUGAUUGAUGUUUAUACUUAUGCGACUGCUAUUAACGCGUAUUGUAAAGGUGGGAAGAUUGAUGAGGCUGUUGGGUUGUUUUUGAAAAUGGGGGAGGGAGGUGUUUUGCCGAAUGUGGUUACUUACAAUAACUUGAUUGAUGGGUUAUGUAAGAGUGGAAGGUUAGAAGAAGCUUUAAUGUUUAAGGGCAGGAUGGUUGAGAAUAAAGUGAACCCUAGUUUGGUAACUUAUGGGAUUCUUGUGAAUGGUUUGGUGAAGUUUGAGAAAUUUGAUGAGGCGAAUUCGGUUUUGGUUGAAAUGUAUAGCAAGGGGUUUUCUCCUAAUGAGUUUGUUUUUAAUGCACUUAUUGAUGGUUAUAGCAGAAAAGGGAAUAUGGAUGAUGCAUUGAGGGUUAGAGAUGAUAUGACGUUGAAGGGAUUGAAACCGAAUGCUGUUACUCAUAAUACUCUUUUACAGGGUUUUUGUAGGACCAAUCAAAUGGAGCAAGCUGAACAAGUUUUAGAGUACUUGUUAUCGAACGUUUUGUCUGUUAAUGAGGACGCAUGUUCUUAUGUGCUUCACUUGUUAUGCAAGAGUUCCAAGUUUGAUUCAGCCUUGAAAAUUGUUAAGGCGUUGUUGUUGAGGAACAUUAAGGUUAAUGAUAGCUUGCUAACUUUGUUGGUUUGUGGACUUUGUAAAUGUGGAAAACAUUUGGAGGCAAUUGACCUUUGGUUUAGACUAGCAGAUAAGAAAGGGCUUGCAGCGAAUACAACAACCUCAAAUGCACUGCUCUAUGGACUUUGUGAAAGGGGGAACAUGGAAGAGGUUUUUCCGGUAUGUAAAGAAAUGGUGGAGAGAGGUUUGGUGCUUGAUGGUAUUUCAUACAACACACUUAUUUUUGGCUGUUGUAAAUCAGGUAAAAUCGAGGAAGCUUUCAAGCUUAAGGAAAAGAUGAUGAAGCAAGGAUUCAAACCUGAUACUUAUACCUACAACUUCCUAAUGAAAGGGUUAGCUGAUAAGGGAAAAAUGGAUGAUGUUGGUAGGGUUUUGCAUGAAGCCAAAGAUCAUGGCGUGGUUCCAAAUAUCUACACAUAUGCAUUAAUGUUGGAAGGAUAUUGUAAUGCUGAUAGGAUUGAUAAUGCUGUGAGCUUGUUCAAUAAGUUAGUUUAUAACAAAGUAGAACUUAGUUAUGUUGUUUAUAACAUACUUAUUGCAGCCCAUAGUAAAGCUGGGAAUUUUACGGAAGCCUUCAAACUCCGCGAUGCCAUGCGAAGUAGCAACAUUCAUCCUACGAUUUUCACAUAUUCUUCUAUAAUACAUGGUAUGUGCUGUAAUGACCUUGUUGAGGAAGCAAAGGGAAUUUUUGAAGAAAUGAGAAAUGAAGGAUUGAUGCCAAAUGUGUUUUGUUAUACUGCUCUAAUUGGCGGUUACUGCAAGUUAGGUCAGAUGGAUCAGAUAGAGAGUAUCUUACAGGAAAUGACAUCAAACUGUAUACAGCCUAAUAAAAUUACCUACACUAUUAUGAUUGAUGGUUAUUGCAAAAUGGGAAAUACGAAAGAAGCGACUAAGCUCUUAAAUGAGAUGAUAGCAAAUGGAAUAUCACCAGAUACUGUUACUUAUACUGUAUUGCAAAAAGGAUAUUGCAAGGAAAAUGAGCUUGAAGAAACUCUUCAAGGCGAUACAGCAGUACCUUUAGAAGAAAUAACAUACACCACAUUGGUUGACAAGUUGCAUCCACAUUCAGAUGCAGCACUUAGUAAUCGUGAAUAAUGAGAAAACUACUCAAAAUAGUUGACAGUUGCACUAAGUUGACACCUUAACUCUCGUGGUUGAGAGUUGAGACUACCAUUGUUAAGCCUGAUUUCAAGCUCAAUAAGUGGAAAGAUGAAGGUUUUAUAUGCUCAAUCUCCAAACACGUGGAUUACUAGCAACAACUAAAUAACAUACACUUGACUUGGCUUCCUACUUGAACAACUGGCCUUGGAUUUUAGAGGAACCUUUGUCAUAUGGUAUCAGGGCAUUUCUUGGACAGCAGAUCUCUUGGAUAUUGGAGAUAGCAUAGCAUUAAAGAUUUGAAGAGACAACUGCUGUCCCAACAAGAACCAAAGUUACAUGAAAGAAAAUAAUGAGAAAUUCAGCAAACAGGUAUGUGUCUCAACCAAAGGAAUUUAUGGCACAUCAUGCAAGAGGCAAACGUGAUGUAGAAAAAGCAACAGCAAUAAUGCAGGGAAUAUUCAAAGUAAGUACACGGUAGGAUCUGGUGGCAAGGGAACUUGGUACUUCCAAGCUUCAGGAUGCCGUGCAUUGGAGGAGCAUUUGAUUUUUCGGUCGUGGUUACAAUUUUGAAGUGGGUCUCAAGAUAGGCUGUGAACUGGAUAUGGUUGUAAGAUACAAAAGUUUAUAAAUUUCAUAUAUAUGCUGGCCAAAGACCUUUGGUUUCCUGUCUUCGUUGUCCAGUCUGCACCUUUUUGAAUGACCUUGGAGGAUUUAUUCAGUUUUUUUUUUUUUUAAAGAAAAAAAACAAAUAGAACUAGUGGAAAGAUGAAGGGAAAAUCUCCAUCUAGAUUAUAGAUAUGCAGAUAAAUCCCCAGUAUAGUCACUUUCCUUAUUUCAAUACGACUGGUUUUAAAGAAAUCAUAUAGAUAAAUUUAUCAGCGUCUUUCUUCUAGGUCACAGAUCCUUAUCAAUGAAGAACAGAGAUUCUAAUAAAGUAUUUGUACUUGGGCUCUCAUUUGUAUCAGACACAUUUAUAAUACUACUAAUUGCCUUUUAUAAUUUCCUUA